AUGGAUUCCAUUCAGACACACCCUUCCAGUGCCGUUGACGCUAAAAACUUCAUCGCACCUGGCUCACUGUCUUUCCCCGGUGGUGCUGCCGAUAUCACUCCACCAUCUACUAACGAAGCUGUCGCUGGAAAGCAGCAGGUAUCACCUGCGGCUCCCGUCGCUGCCUCACCACCUGCUACUCCUGCUGCAACCCCCGCUGCUACCCAAGGUGUCAGUGGAAUUGUCCCCACCCUACAAAACAUCGUUGCCACAGUCAACUUGGACUGCCGUCUUGACUUGAAGACCAUCGCACUACAUGCAAGAAACGCAGAAUAUAAUCCAAAGCGUUUCGCUGCGGUUAUUAUGCGUAUUCGCGACCCUAAGACUACUGCUUUGAUCUUUGCCUCGGGCAAGAUGGUCGUCACUGGUGCAAAGUCAGAAGACGAUUCGAAAUUGGCGUCCCGCAAAUACGCUCGUAUCAUCCAAAAGCUUGGUUUCAACGCAAAGUUCACCGAUUUCAAGAUUCAGAACAUCGUGGGUUCCUGUGAUAUCAAGUUCCCCAUUCGCUUGGAAGGACUUGCUUCGCGCCACAUGAAUUUCAGCUCUUACGAGCCUGAGUUGUUCCCCGGUCUUAUCUACAGAAUGAUGAAGCCUAAGAUCGUUCUUUUGAUCUUCGUCAGUGGCAAGAUUGUCUUGACGGGAGCAAAAGUCCGUGAGGAAAUUUACCAAGCUUUCGAGAUGAUCUAUCCCGUGCUUCAAGAUUUUAAGAAGGUCUGAUUCAGUUCAGAUGUACCACCACUUUUUUACAUUGUACAACAUUAUUUCACGAUCUUACGAACAUUAACAUGCAUGGUAGGCGUAUCAAAGGGGGGAAAAGAGUCAAAGAAGGGACUCAUAUAUUUGUGCUUUUCAGCAUGUUUACGCGUUACUAGUCCUUGAUAGACUGCGAAACAUCAUCUUUGACGGAUGGCAUUGGUGCGCAGGUCC